CUUUCUUAUGUCCAUCUAAAAUCUUUCCACUUCUCAUUUUCCUUGCAGAAGAAUAACCCCUACCCCCACCACACAGACUAAAUAACCACAAUGAAUUGUUACAUUAUGCCUGAUAUUUAUUUCUCCCAAGAGACCUUCUGCUCCUGGGUAGUAAACUAGGUGCCCUCCAUUAAUAAAUCUGAUGAUGCGAUGAUGUCAAUUUUCUUGUUGACGUCUACAACUCAGAAUUUGAUGUUCUCCACCCCACCCUGUAACUACAAACGUUAAGGCAGGCUGUAAUGGCAGGUGCAUUUUGCUCAAUCUAGCAUCCAUGCACUACUCCUGAAGUUGUGAUUCACAAGGCGACUAAGACACUUAAAGACAUUUCUAAGAUUAAAAGGCUUAGGCAUCCUUUAUUCAGCUUUAACUAAAACAUCUCACCGGAUGCAGGUGUGCUUGCAAAGUUAGUUUGGCUUCAGCGUCCUCAGCCUCAGGUUGUAGAGCGCACUGGAGGGUGGAGCCCCUGCAACUUGCUUAUCACAGCGCUCGCGUGUCUUUGGGCGUCUUAGCACGCGCAGGGCACGUAAAGACCCACUUUUCUAGCCUGACCCUCACCUCAAAGGCUGUCAACUCUUCUGUCCCUCCCCUCAGCCCGAGGCUCUCCUCUCUCAUCAACUUCCAUGCUCCGCCCCCAGAGCGGAAACGUGGUACUGCAAUUGGCCGAGUCUUCUCUCAGUCCGACUGCACAACCAAUCUUUGCAAUCCUGGAGUAAGGUGGCACUGCCAAUCAGGGUGCUCGCAGCCGCAGGAGCCGGGUCCGGACCGCCCAGAGGCGGGGCCGGAGGCGGGGCGCCGACACAGGAUUAGUUGCCAUUCCGAGUGAGAAGCGGGUCGAGGUGGCGGCGGCGGCGGCAGCGGCGGCGGCGUUUGCGGUGGCGCGGGCUACGCGCAGCGCGAGGCGCUUCGAGGCUCCUUUCUCUCCUCAGAGGCCAGGGUCCCGGCGGUACCCGUGGCCGCCGGGUCCUGUCGCGCGGGCGACCCCCGAGAGGGCGGAGGAGCCGCGGGAAGCCGGCGAGUGCCCUGUCAGCGCGAUGCCCGGGGCGGCGGCGGCGGCCAUGGGCUCGACGCGGGCUCGGCCGUGAGCGCCCCGCAGAGCGCCGCGGGGCGGUUGAGGCCGUUGGACGUUGGCCGUCUCGGCGUCCCCUCCCCCUCGGCGGCGGGGUGCGCGUCGGAAGGGGAGCCCCGCGGCUCCGCCCCUCGCCGCCCCUCCCCCGUACACAUCGCACGCACCGCCGCGCCGGCUCCCACACGCUCGCGCGCCCGCCCGCCUGUCCGCCCGCCCGCCCGCCCGCGCAGCCACCAUGUCCACUGCGUCCUCCAGUUCCUCUCAGACCCCUCACCCCGCGCCGCAGAGGAUGCGGCGCAGCACCGCGGGCUCCCCGCCCGCCGCUGCCGGGAGCGGGACGGGGCCGCCUGGGAGCUGCGCACCGGCUGCGGGAGCCGGCCGGCUGCUGCAGCCCAUCCGCGCCACGGUACCCUACCAGCUCCUGCGGGGCAGCCAGCACAGCCCCACGCGCCCGGCCACCGCCGCCGCGCUCGGCAGUCUCCCCGGGCCCGGCGGGGCCCGCGGCUCCAGCCCGUCCAGCCCGACUCCACCGCCGGCCGCUGCCCCAGCCGAGCAGGCGCCUCGCGCCAAGGGCCGCCCGAGACGGUCCCCCGAGAGCCACCGGAGGAGCAGCUCACCUGAGAGACGGAGUCCCGGCUCGCCCGUGUGCAGAGUGGACAGGCCAAAAUCUCAGCAAAUUCGAACUUCUAGUACAAUAAGACGAACCUCUUCUUUGGAUACAAUAACAGGACCUUACCUCACAGGACAGUGGCCACGGGACCCUCAUGUUCACUACCCUUCAUGCAUGAAAGAUAAAGCGACUCAGACACCUAGUUGUUGGGCAGAAGAGGGAGCAGGAAAACGAUCACAUCAGCGCUCUGCAUCAUGGGGAAGUGCUGAUCAACUCAAAGAGCAGAUUGCUAAACUUAGGCAACAGCUACAGCGCAGCAAGCAAAGUAGUCGGCAUAGUAAAGAGAAAGAUCGACACUCACCUCUCCAUGGUAACCACAUAACAAUCAGUCAUACUCAGGCUAUUGGAUCAAGGUCAGUUCCUAUGCCUCUGUCAAGCAUAUCUGUGCCAAAAUCAUCUGUUUCCCGUGUGCCCUGCAAUGUAGAAGGAAUAAGUCCAGAGCUGGAAAAGGUAUUCAUCAAAGAAAACAAUGGGAAGGAAGAAGUGUCCAAGCCUUUGGAUAUACCAGAUGGUCGAAGAGCUCCGCUCCCCGCUCACUACAGGAGUAGUAGUACUCGGAGCAUAGAUACCCAGACACCUUCUGUCCAAGAGCGCAGCAGUAGCUGUAGCAGCCAUUCCCCUUGUGUGUCUCCAUUUUGUCCUCCGGAAUCCCAGGAUGGAAGUCCUUGUUCAACAGAAGAUUUGCUCUAUGAUCGUGAUAAAGACAGUGGGAGUAGCUCACCGUUACCCAAGUAUGCUUCAUCUCCCAAACCAAACAACAGCUACAUGUUCAAACGCGAGCCCCCAGAGGGAUGUGAGCGAGUGAAGGUCUUUGAGGAAAUGGCGUCUCGUCAGCCUAUCUCGGCCCCUCUGUUUUCAUGUCCUGACAAAAACAAAGUUAAUUUCAUCCCAACCGGAUCAGCUUUCUGUCCUGUAAAACUUCUGGGCCCUCUCUUACCUGCCUCUGACCUGAUGCUCAAGAACUCUCCUAAUUCUGGCCAGAGCUCUGCUCUGGCAACACUAACGGUAGAGCAACUCUCCUCCCGGGUUUCCUUCACAUCUCUUUCUGAUGACACCAGCACAGCAGACUCUCUGGAGCCUUCUGUCCAGCAGCCGUCUCAGCAGCAGCAUUUGCAGGCGGAGGAACACAUCUCCACUCAGAACUAUGUGAUGAUCUAAAGCAGAGGGGGAGCUGGCCUCCACCUGUGUUCCAUGGAUCAGGAAUGAGAUCUCAGACAUCUAUCUGCAUGGAGUGACAAACUUUCUGAACACCAUCAACAGCAAAAUACUUAGCAUCAUAAAAAUAGCUAUUAACACUGAUCUUGGCAGGGACCUACUUCUAUUCAGCAGUUUUUGUGGAAAGCAGUAAUGCUUGCAAAAUGUGUGUGUCAUUCAGCAUUUAAGUGGAGACUAUGCAUUUCAUAGUAUGUCUGACAGAUUAGUACUGUGUCCUGUGUUUUGUUCCAAAUUUUUCAGUAUGAAUAAGCUCUAUUUCAAAAAGUUGCCUGUCUAAGUAGAAAAUGUCUUGCUGUGUUUUGUCCUAUGGAAGAUACUGUACUUCAGGAUUAUGUUUACAAUUGAUCCAGGUAUUUGUUUCUAACUUCUAUAAUACAUACAAUGCAAAAAAAAAAAAAAAAAAUGGCCACAACAGUUGCACAGUGCCCACCCUAUGGCCUAGCUUCAGGUACUUCAGUUGAAGUCUAAACUCAGGUAACUUGGAAUGUAUGUCAUAUUGGGAUAUUAAAUAUUUCACAGCUACAAAGCUAAAGAGGGAACAUCACUCUUUUGCCUUUCCUUAUUUUAUGCAUUUCCUUUUCAUCAUUCCAUUCCACAUUAGAAUAAGAAGUGCAUUUAUCCCUAGGAGAUAGUAAUCCUGGGUAUGGGGAACAUGAGGAGAACCAGCAAAUCUGUGGUGUGUGACAUCACUUUUGUCAUGUGGUUACCAGUAGAACAACUGUUGCAUUCACUGUUUCAACAUGUAUAAAUGUGGCUUUUUAAAAAAAAAAAAAAAAAAAAAAAAGGUUGUGUUGCUCAGUUAAAGACUGUUACAAUGUUGCAAAUGAAGCUUCAGUAGUAGACUAUACAUAAACAUUCUACAGUGUGUGUGAUGGAAUUUAAAUACAAGAAUGGCUGGAUUUGAUUUCAAAGCAAGUGGAGUUUUCCAGGAAUAAAUAAUUAAGGAUUUUUGUUUAUAUUGGCCAUUGGGGUCAUAAUUGCUACUAUUUUUUUUUUUAUCUAAAGAUAUAUUUAUGUUUAGCUUCAUUUUAGGAAAUUCUAAUUUGCUGGUUAUAAAGUGAGACAUUUUGGUUCCUGUUUUCGUCAAGUAUUUGAUAAAUGAGUUGUAUUCAUGUAGAGAGAAUGUGUAUGUCUCAGAACCAAUGCAGCAUAAGCAAGCAGAUUUCUUGUUGACUUACAAGAGCAAUAGCUUAAAGCUGUCUCAUUUAAGCCUCAGAUAACACUAUCAUGAAUAACUUUCUUAAGACUUGGAAUGUGUGGAGUGGAGCAGAACCCCAAGUAAAUAGCCUUGAACUUGCAGACUUGACAGAAGUUCUCCACAAAGUGUGAGGAGAGCUGUAGGAUUCCUGACGUGUCACCUGGAGAGCCUGACUUCAGACAUUGUUUUCUGCAGCACAGCUUAUGCAAAAGUAAAGGGAAGCUUUUGUAUUUGUAUUACAUUGCUUUCAGUUCAGUUAGAGCCUAGAGUUCUCUCAUCUCCACCUAAAAUGUGUGGCACAUUUUUUGUUUGUUUUUGUUUUAGAAUUAGGGGAACAAGUUGCUUACAGUUAGUGUUGAGGUUUCCUUAGAUCAUUCCUGAGUUUUUCUUUGACUCUUCUAAGGAGUCGAUGAGUAGGAAGGAGCAUGAUAAGCUGAUAGAGUGACACCAUUUUAAUUUUUACAAAAUGCUGUGCGUGUGUGUGCAUACCUGCGCACCCAGAUAUGUGUAUGUGUGUAUUCUGUGUGUUAUUUUGUCACCUCAAUCUCUCCUUUCCACCAAAGUUUGCAGUAAUACUCUCUCCUGAAGGUGCGUUCUAGCUCACAGUCAGUGUUAUAGAGACUGUCAUGGAGAAAAAGACUCAGUUGACUUUUGCCAUUUUCACAGGGGAACCUUUUAAAACAAUCUUUUCAGCAGCAGACACCUUUAACCCUAAUAAUCUCAGGCCUUGAUGAAAAUACUAUAUUUUGUAGAUUAUGGUUAAAGGAAGAAAAUUACUAGUUCCGUAAGAUAAAUGUGAGCUCCAUUUAACUUCUGAUAUCUGGGUUAGCAUUACAUGAUGUGUUGAUCGUUUGCUCUGCUUUUGUCUAAGAUGCAAUAGUAUCAUUAUCAAUUUCAGAAAGGUGGACUGAAUAUACUUUUUUUCGUAAUGAAAUCUAUGUACGAUAUUUAUAGUGAUGUGCUUUUAUUUUCUCAUGAGAAACUAAAUAUUGUUUGUGUUGUACAUUUGUUUUUAGCAUAUAUUAAAGUUUUGAACCAAAUGUGUUAAAGCUUAUGCUUUGCCAUGUAAAUUUCCCAGAAGUUGUUGAGCUCAAAUGUAUCCUACAUCCAGCUGUAGAAACUUGUCAGAAAUUGUUUAAAUUUUGUAUAUAGGUGUACUGUUUAAUUUUAGCCACUGCGCUGAACAGUAUUCAAGUUAUAUAAUAUGGCUUUACACAAGAAAUGUGUGGCUUCUGUUUUGUAUUUUUUUCAGUAUAGAAGUUCCUGUGUCUUAUUUAAAUAAAGUUAUUAGUAAAACUGGAA